CACAACAGAGCAGAGCUACUCAGAGCAUUGUUACGUUCUGUUCUCAUAAAAAAGCAGAAGGAGGAGACGAGAAGACGACAAUGGCUGCAAAACCGGACAUGGUUGCAGAAGUGGAAAUGGCUGACGCAAAAGGAGUGUUUUCUCCGGCACACGACGACGUUUCAGUGAACAUUCUGGCGAGACCACCUGCCGUUUCUUUCGCAUCAUCAGCGGCCUGUGUUGGCAAAACGUGGAACCAAAGCUGCAACAAAAUUCUUUCUCGUCCCCAGUUCUCUUCAGCUUUGUCUCUCAAUCCGGACCUGCAUGCUGCCUUAGAUGAGGUUCUUGCUGACGCUUUCUCUAAGCCGCUUCGACCGGACUUCAUUGUCGCAUACAUCGGCACAAAUUUUAGCUUGGAAGAAACUCACCACCUUAUCACUGAGAAGGUAGGCCUUGGAAUUCCGGUUAUAACCAAUAAGGCCAAGGGACUAAUUGGCACUGAUGUCCAAACUGAUAAGCUCAGAGAGGUGAUUUGGGGAUCGACUGAUGGUGAUUCUGAGCGGAAUGAGAACAAUUCGAACCGAGGGAUUGUUUUGUCUGUCGGAUACAUGCCCGGUUUGAAAGUCGAUGUCAUCCCACUCUUAAGGCCAAAGAAUGAACAACAAUUGACUAUGGUUGACCACUUUCCGAUGGAAAUUAUGGAUUUCACCUGCGCUGCCUCAGGUUCUUUAUCCCCAUCUUGUAUCAUAAUGUUUGGUGAUAAAAAUGUGGACAUGAAUCCCAUUCUUACCAUCCUUGAUCAGGUCAUGCCUGAUGAGACAGCCAUUGUUGGUGAUGCAGGUGCCGCCUUUCUGUGCACUCGAAUGGAUGAAGCCGAAAAUUACAAUAAGGAUGUGUUCUCUUUCGCCGCUGCUGCUCUCGUUUUUGCAAAGGAUCUAUACAAGCCUGAAGGAAUUUCCCUAUGCAGAACUGUCCUAUAUUCUGCAGCAAAUUAUAUCAAAAAGCCUGAUAUGUACAUCGGGGUCACACAAAGAGGAAACUACUCCAUUUUGGAAAAACCACCAAGCUCCAGUCGCCAAAGAAGAUUUGUCGAAGAGUCGCCAAAGAAGAUUACGAGACGGAGGAGGAAGAAGAAGAAGGGUGAGAGCAAGAGCUUGACAGACCUUGAAUUUGAAGAGCUAAAUGGGUUUAUGGAUCUUGGUUUUGUUUUCUUAGAGGAAGACAAAGAAGAUUCAAACUUGGCUUCGAUCAUUCCUGGGCUGCAAAGAUUGGGGAAGAAGGACGGCCAAGAUGAGGUCUUUGACGAGUCUACAAUUCCAAGGUCUUACCUUUCUAAAGCUUGGAAGGUGAGGGAUCAAAGAAAGAGAGAGAAGCCAUUGAUGAAUUGGAGGUUUCCUGCAUUGGGCAAUGAAAUUGACAUGAAAGACAAUCUCAGAUGGUGGGCUCACACAGUUGCUUCCACAGCUGCUAAUCGUGAAUUUAGCCCGCCUAGCCGCUAG